CCGGCUCCCUUCGUAAAACAAGGCAUGUUGACCAACGUGGACCACUCUGCGGGUUUUGUCUGUUCAUCCAGCGCAGACAACUGACGAGUUUUCCCCCGCGAGCUCCAAAAUUCGAAAUCCGCAGUUCAUCCUCUGAAAUCUGAAUCAAUCCGAUAAACGAUAUACGAAGGACGAGAUAUCCGUCGAUCCAAUCUUUAAUCGUACAUCGGAUCAUCUAGCUUCGCGGGUUUCAUUGUUAGCGUCGGUGCUACCGUCUUGAGUGAUGGGGAAGUCUUCUCGCAAAAAUUUUGCAGUUUUUGAUUUCAAAGAAGAAGAUGAGCUCGUCGAACCUGCUGCCGUUCGAUUAAUCGAGAGGAUCAGGAGCAAUGGGGAUGACAAUCCUGCCAUCAUGAAGUAUGAAUUCCUCCAAAAUGUUUCACAGGGAGAAAUAGAAACCAAUAAUGCAUCAUAUAUAGAUCUAGAUGAAAGUGAUAUCAAGCACAAAUGCAGCAAUUCUGGUUUGCAUGAUCUGAGUGCUCCAGAUAGAGAAUCUGCCACUAAACAACGACUGUCUGGUUUGGAUGCUGUUCUUAUAUCUAAGUCUACAAGUCAUGAACCAAUUGCUCAUACCAGCCAAGAUACCUUUGAAUCUGGGAAUACCUUUUCUGGACAAACUCCCAUUACAGUGAGAGCUUUAAGUCCAGGCAUACCUCCAACAGGGGACAAGCGAUCAAAUUGCACUUUUCUGGACCCUUCAUCUGAUAAUGAGUCAGUUGGAGUGAUUUCUGAUGAUGAUGGAAGGAUGAAAGGGAGUUUUCUACCAAAAUUUUCUGAUAAUGUGGAAAAUGAAGGGGAACCAGCAUCGGAUCAUUGUUUCAGCGGUUGUGCAAUGGUCAACAUAAACUCGGUUGUUAUUUACCCUGAUUUUGUUAAAUAUGGCCCAUACGUGGAUGCCUAUUCUACAGAAUCCCUGUUAAUAUUUUCGUGCAGUUUCAUCAAGCUUGAAGGUUUAACUGCAUGUGGAAACAAGGAAUCUUUUACCUUUGAAUGGGCAAUUGGUGAUGUCAUGGAGAUUGAAUCACAAUGGUGCGAAAUGGCUGAGACUGCUCUAGUUAAACUCCGUUUAAAUGAAUCAGAUGCAGCAGGAGCUGAAAAUGCAGAUGAUACUUCAGGUGUUAUGGAAUUGAUUUUUGGAGUCUCUGACUGUCAGUGGUCUGAGAAACAGGAAAUGAUCACAUCAUUGCAUGCAAGAUACAGGUCUAUAUGGAAUGUUGUGCUUGGUGAUGAAAAAGAUGACUUUGGGCAGCGGAGUAGACUUCUUCGAAAGCUUUACUCUACUUCUAAUGAGGCAUUUGAAGAGUUUAUCUAUCCAAAAGGAGAUCCUGAUGCUGUUUCCAUUAGUAAGAGAGAUGUUGAGCUAUUACAACCGGAGACAUUCAUCAAUGAUACGAUAAUUGACUUCUAUAUAAAAUAUUUGAAGAAUAAGAUAAAACCAGAGGACAAGCAUAGGUUCCACUUUUUUAAUAGUUUUUUCUUUCGCAAGCUGGCUGAUCUGGACAAAGAUCCAUCAAGUGCUUCCGAAGGCAGAGAAGCUUUUCUACGUGUUCAUAAAUGGACAAGGAAAGUGGAUCUAUUUGGAAAAGAUUAUAUCUUUAUUCCUGUUAACUUCAACCUACACUGGAGCUUGAUUGUCAUCUGUCAUGCUGGUGAAGUGGUUAAUUUUAAAGAUGAAGAUAUUGACAAGUCCCCUAAAGUACCUUGCAUUUUGCACAUGGAUUCUAUCAAGGGAAGUCAUCAGGGAUUAAAGAAUGUUAUUCAAAGUUACCUAUGGGAAGAGUGGAAAGAAAGGCAAAAAGAGACACCUGAAGAUGUUUCGGCAAAAUUCUUUAAUUUGCGCUUUGUACCUCUUGAGCUGCCACAGCAAGAAAAUUUGUUUGAUUGUGGCCUGUUCUUGCUACAUUAUGUGGAUUUGUUUUUGGAAGAAGCUCCGGUUUGCUUCAGCCCUUUCAAGAUCACAAAGUUCUCCCAUUUCCUUACCAUGCAUUGGUUUCUACCUGCUGAGGCAUCUUUCAAGCGUUCACUUUUAAAGAAGAUGAUUUAUGAAACCCUUGAAGAGUAUUCUGGGAAAGUUCCUCAACCUGCUUCUAGUAACAAACAAUGUUCCUUUGAGUUUCGAGAAGAUAAUGAAAACAAAAAUGGAGUAGAAAUUCUUUCAAAAGAGCGCAGCCCCAAAAAUAUUUGUCAGAGUAACUCCUCUUCCACUGCUGAACGAGGGAUUGAAAUUAAACUUUUGCCUAUAUCACCUCGAGGGCCUGUCCAAUGCAGCAUGAAUUUGGGAUUGGUUUAUAGGGAGUUGUUCACUUCUGGAGCCACUGCAGGAUCGUCUCCGGAAGGACACCCAAGACCUUCUGAAAGGAUUGAAUCUUUUCACAAAUUCAAGUCUGCUAUGCCGCCAAUAGAGGAAGAUUCAGAAACUGGCGAGCAGUAUGUAUACUCUUCAUCAGCAGAUUGUCAGGCACUGGCUGGAUUAACAAGGGAAGUUUGUAGAUCUUCAUUUUUCUCCAAAGACGAUGAACCUUUUGAGUCACUUUUGAACCUAAGAAUCUCCACGCGACUGGAGGAACACAGGAAGGGAGGUUCAUCAAGUAACACAUCAGGUUGUGGAUCACCCAGUUCAUCAGAAAAAGGGGCCGAUGAGGAUUUAGAAGGCCCAAAUCAACACAAUUCCUUGAAGCUCAGGGCAGUAUCUCCACAAAAAAUUGGAUGUAUCACUGAAUGCCCUGCUUCUCUUUCCAGAAGAAAUUUAGAAAGCCAUGUUGUUGAAGAUUCACAAGAGGUGGAUGGUGGGGAAUUAGAAAGCUAUGUUGUUGAAGAUUCACAAGAGGUGGAUGAUGGGAAUUUAGAAAGCCAUGUUGUUGAAGAUUCACAAGAGGUGGAUGGUGGGAAAUUAGGAAGCUAUGUUGUUGAAGAUUCACAAGAGGUGGAUGGUGGGAAAUUAGAAAGCUAUGUUGUUGAAGAUUCACAAGAGGUCGAUGAUGGGAAUUUAGAAAGCCAUAUUGUUGAAGAUUCACUGGAGGUGGACAGACUGGCUGAUAGCAAAGAGCAUGGUGAUCCUCUUUCGUGCUUCCCUGAAAAUGCUACUGCCUCAUCCCAUCAACAUGCUGACUUCACAAAAGACAUUGAGGUUGAAAUCAGUGAUUUGCAAUUUAGCAUUGAUGUUGUGCCGGAACCGUUAAAACAGCCAGCUGCAAAACGUCCAAGGCUCACAUCUUCUUUCUCGAAGGAAUUUGAGAAACAAGAAGCUCAUUGAAGGAUAGACAUUUGACUCUAUUACCAGAAAUAAGCAUUGACUCGAGUUGUGUUGCCUGGCUUAUCGUUUGGGAUUUUGCAUCUUAGAUGGGAGCUUUUGUUUUGUGAAUAUAUGCUGAGCUGCUUCUCUACAUUGACUGGGUUGGGGUUUGGGGAGUUGAUCGAGGAACCAGUAGAUUGAAAAUGGGUGAUGGAUUCACCAGGUCCUUUCCUGAUGUUGUUUCUUGUAAAAAAAAGUAUCUCAUGUAGCGCUCCUGAAAGUUUGUGUAAAUAUUUCAUGGGAAAGGGUUCUUUAGCAUGGCUCCCGUGCCUGCUCAAGGCCCAAUCAGUUCCCCAUUUUGGUUCAAUCUAUGGAGGCAAGGAAGUUAUUUUAUUGGAAAAAGGUAGGGGAGAGAGAGAGAGAGAGAGAGAGAGAGAGAGAGAGAGAGAGAGAGAGAGAGAGAGAGAAGGGUGCAGGCGCUGGAGUCGCACUGCAUUUUACAGUAUAGUUUAUAUAACUCCGGCCUCUUGAUAUUCCCUCUUAUAUCAGGUUUUUUCU